AGCAUGUCUCAAAAUAUUGUCGAUAUUGCUUGAAAUAAACAAAUUUCUGGAUUUCAUAAAUUACUGUGAAGUAUUGUUCAUUUGUGAGUGUUAAAAAUGACGUUAACUUUAACUAAAUUGAAGAUAAUGCGAGGAAUGCUGACCAAAGCUAUGCUUUCAAUUUUUUUAUUAUAUUCAUCUCUUUUGUCCGACACUGAAGCUUCACCGCUAAACAAAAGCUUCCAUCACAUCCGAAGACCGAAUAUUGAAGAUUCUUCUUAUAAUAAUGAAAAGAUAGCCACUUAUCGCUCUUUUCAGCCGAUAGCAAUAAAGUAUCACAAGGCGGUGUAUCCAAGAGUGGAAGACCGAACAGACUACGAUAUUAAUGCUUAUGAUUCGGAGUACGGUGGUGUAGUAGUUUCUAACUUUACGUCUUCCAUUUACGAUGAAAAUCCUCCUUUGUAUCCAAAUCCUGAAGUGCUGGCAAAGAGUAAUCCAGUUAUAAAAUAUAUUAAGGAUUCGGCUAUGUUUUUUAUUUUAGCACAAUUAAGUAAAUUUAUUGAAAAUAAAAUAUCGGAACCAGAUGUGGAAUUACCAGAUGACUCUUUAGGAGAUGGUGACUUAAGAGAGCACAAUAUAAUAGACAGUGUUACUUAUUUGUAUGGAUUUAAUUCUUGUCAUGGCGGCAGAGAUGAAUGGAUGGUGUUGAUUUUCAUCACUAGUGGACUAGCAAUAAUAAUACCCGUAGCAGCGAUAAUGUGGUUGAUGUGGAGUCAAUACGCUUCUGAGUUCAGGCGUAACAGCAAGAUAUAUCCGAUUGUCAUCAAUUUAUGCUGUUGUCUCGUAGCUUGUACAUUGAUUUAUAUACAAGCUGUUGUGGGCGCGUCUUCUCCUUCUCAAUGUGAAAAGAUUGCUUUAGUUCUGCAUUAUACUCAUAUUUCCUGCGCGAUGUGGAUCGUUGCUUUAGCGGCAGCUGUUGCAGAAUAUUGCGUCUGCGAUACGCUUUUGCCGUUAAAAUAUAACUAUUUGUUGGCUUAUGGCGUUCCUGCUAUAGUUGUAACGUUCAAUUAUGCUCUAUCGAUGGAACACUAUGAAAUAAAACAUUACUGCUGGAUGUCUAUUGAAAAAGGUAUGGUGAUGGGAUUCAUGAUACCAGCCAUGAUUUUAAUUUUGAUAAACACUGGUAUUGUUAUUGUUGGUUUGCAAAGUGUGAAUAGGAAGCAGACAGAAAUGUUGACGGCCAAAAUUGCGGAAUUGGUCGAACAUCAUAUGACAAAUUGGCCGAAAACCGUGAGAGUCGAAGAAAAUGCAAACGGAAGUGUCGAAACAUUGGAUAAUCUUUACACACCCGAUUGUAGCAGAAAGAAUACCGACACUUCCGAUACAUUAGAAAAAGAAUUUACAUUUAACGAAGAAGAAUGCAAUUACUACGGGUCAAAUAACGAUGUUGCUGGAGAAUGCGGAAAAGAGGUAAACGAACAUUUCAAACAAAUGUCAGACAGGGGCUUACUAAACAUUGUCUAUAUGGAUAAUUUGUCGUGGAAAUGGACCUGGAAUACAGAGGGAAAUGAAUUGAAGACAUAUCUAAAUUUAUGCUUGAUUUUGGAGCCAUUUUUUGCUAUUAAUUGGGUGAUGGGUGUGGUAGCAAUAGAAAAUGCAGCCCAUUGGUCCACUCCCACUAUUUAUCUCAUAUUGGUCGUAUCUAUGCACAUUUAUUUCGCUGCUACGAUUUGCACGACGAUACCGAUUGUUCCCAACAAGGCCACGGUUGGUUGCGAUGAUGUAGUCAUCGAAAAUCCAACUCUUCCUCGGGUCAGGACCACAGACAGCAUCCCCCUUCUGGAUCCCGUGAUUCAGCAACCGAAUGUGACUGCAGCACCGGCGGACACUAUCAGCACGAUCAGCAUUUAAGAAAAAAAAACCUGGAAUUUUCUAUUGAUGUGUGAAAUCAUCAUGGGGCCAAAAUGGCCAACUUGAUAAUUAAUACAUUUCGUUUACCUGUUAACGUAUAAUAUAAGCGUACAUAGGCACAAGAGAUAUGAUACCUUAUGCCUCACAGUUGGCAGUAUCGAUCGUGUCCUUUCUUGGUCAGGACUAAGCUAUAUCUAUGUCUACGGACACAUUUGACCAUUUACAAUAAUAAGUGAUCAAUGUUUUCGUCGGAUUUCGAGCUAACAAUAUAAAAUUUAUCUACGACUAAACUUAUGAAUAUUAGUGUAUUCAAAAAUAACGUUUUGGAAUUGAUAAUAUGUUAAUAGUUAUUAUAAUAACGUUAAAAAGAUCUUUAAAGAAUACUCUUUAAUUGAGCUGCAUAAUAGCUUAUUUAAAUAAUUGGCGCCCGACGUGGGACGUUUUGAACUCGUUUGAAUAUAACCAAAACCGAUGUAACAAAGUACUCGAGAUUUUCGAAAGUAUAUUUAAAGAAUAUUUUAAUGAAAUCAACAAUUUAUUGUUAUUUCGACGUUUACGUAAUAUAAGAAACGUCAUAUUGUAUUAAAACUUUAAAAAACCUUAGUCGCAAUGUCUAAGCUCAAAUGAAAAUAAAAAAGUUGAAGAGAUUGUCUAAUAAAUUUACAUCAUAUCAAAAUGCGCACUAAAUUUACCUAUAAGAAAGAUAAAAAUAUUAUAAUAAAAAUGUUUGUUUGUUCUGCAAGAUGUAAUCAUCGGAUUUGAAAGUAUUUUAACAUGGCAAUAAAGAUUUUGGCAUAAUUUUUAAUUACAUUUUGACAUAUUUACAUAUUAAAUGUUUCUGAAAUUUACGUAGAAUAUAGUUCAAAAGUUUCUCCCUGUUCAGAUUUUAAAACUUAAUUAUACAUAGACAUAGAGAGUUUAAAGAUUACAAAGUUUUAUAUAAAUUAACGCAUGCGUAACUUUAUCGGAUGAUCUAGUGCUUUGAUGUCUAUAAAUUUUCUUUAGAUACCUUAUCGAUAGAAACGUAGAGCAGAUUGAAAUAAUUAGUACGUAAACCUGGCUUAAUAGUUUAAUAUUAAUCGUUGUUUUGUCUUUUUAGCAGUAAUAUCUAUACACAUACAUAUUACGAUAUCAUUUUAAGUCACUUGGAAUAAGCAAGAAAAGCACCAUAGAUGAAAUAGUACCUAUAACAAUUGAUGACGGAAAAACUGAUAACAUUUUUGCUUCGAAUAUUUUUAUAAUUUUGCCUCCCUUUGGAAUCUAUGGUCUGAACUCCUGUCUUGUCUCACUGGGCAAGCAAGUUUAUAAGUAUUCGCUACUGGUUUUAUUAUUGCAGUUUGACAUUUAUGGAGCCUUAAACAUGGAAGAUAAAAUUAAAAAAUAACUUGCUUAAAAUUACUACAAUUGUUAGAAAAUAAAAUAUUCUUAAUGUAAUUGGUGUUCAAUGGAAAUCUAAAAAUACCAGUUAUUUUGUUAAUUUGCUCAAUGUUUUUAUUUAAUUUUUCCACUUCAAGGAGAGACAAUUUAAUAAAAUGUGGAAAUAUAAGAUUUUUAACCAAAACUUUCACCAAAUUGAUGGUGAUAAUGCAUAAACAACUUUUCUUAUAUUAUUUGGACAACAAAGUAAUUUUGAAAUUUUUGUAUGUUACUGUAAUUAGCCUACAGAUCUCAUGUCAGGGUCCAGUGGGGUAACUUGGAAAUAGAACCUUAAUAUUUUAGAAUAUUUGAUUAUAAUGGAGCCAGUAGUAAUCAGUGCAAUCAUUAGUAAUAAUUUGCGUACUAUAAUUUCUAUAUUAUAUAUGUAGAAUAAAAUGUCUUGAAAAAAAGUGUUUAAAAUUUAUAAAAUUAAAAUAUUAUUCGAUAUAUUUCCUUGAGUAUUUAUAGAAAAGACCAGCAGAAUAUUUUAAAUGUGAAAUUGAACUUAUAUAAAUGUUUAAAUGAUUUUCUUAAAUAAACGUAUGAUGUCACAUAAUACUCUAUGUAGUAAUACUUUAAUUAAAACUUUUGAAAUCAUCAUUGUUGCUAAAAGUAGUCUGUAAUUUGAGAUCCUGUAGUUAUUGUGAUAGCAAUAAUGUUGCCAUGCAUUUUAUUAAAUGUUUUCAUAAC